AUGGAGUUCGUGGGCAGAACUGUGAGGAAAGAGUUCAAAGGUUUUGGAUGUUUCACGGGAACAGUGAAAUCGUACUCCCCCUCAUCUGGGUUGUUCGAGGUCGUUUAUGAAGAUGGGGAUUCGGAGGAAUUGAACUUCGCUGAGGUCUCUUUGCUCCUUGGUGGCGGUGAGCCAAACCUUGUUGAGGAAGAAGUCAAGCCGAGCCGCCUAGGCCGAAAGCCCAAGAAACGACGUCGAGUGGAGAGGAAGCGAGAAAUUCGAGGUAAUUCAGGUAAUGCUGCUGAAGUAAUCUUUGGAAAUGAUUCUGGGUUUGGUGGGGAUUUGAAUAAAAAUUGUGAUUUGAGUGACGGGUCUGAGGGAGGACUUGAAAUGGGACAAGCAUUUGGAGGGAAUUUGAGGGAAAGCGUGGAGGUUGAUGGGAAUUUGAAUGACAAUGUUAAUUGUAGUAAGGGGCUUGAUAAAACCCUAGAACAGCAAAGUGUGUUAAAUGUUAAUUUGAAUGGGAAUAGAGUUGAUAAUUUGAAAGAUGGGAUUGAUUUGAAUGCUGAGUUUAAUUUGAAUGGUGGAUGUGACUUAAAUGUUGAUCUUAAUGUUGGUAAGGAGGAAAUUUCAGAAAAAAGAGAUUGUAUUGAUUUGAAUUUGGAUGCGAGUGGUGACUUUGCUCAGAAUCUGAAUGGGGAUAGUUUGGACGGUUCAACUGCGGUAACCCAUGGAACCCAGAGGAGGGGUUGCUAUUUUGAUCUGAAUUUAGAGGUUAAUGAGGAUUUUAAGGAUACAGAGGGUGACUGUGAAGAGAAAUUCAAGGUUUGUCCCAAGUUUGAGAUGAUUGAAGAAAAUCAAAAGAAAGAGAGGAGCGGAGAUACUGAAGAAAAGGUUAUCGAAGAUGGUAAUGCCAAUGAGACCUGGAAGGAAGUGUAUAUUGAUAUUACUGAAGAUAAUCCCAUGACAAGUGUUGGCGAUCUCAUUGACUGUGCUGCUGCUGAACGACUUAAUAAUCAAAAUAGUUGUUCCAGCGGAGAUUUGAAGGCUGACAAUUCUCUUGGGGUUUUAGAUACUAGCUGCAUGAAGGAUUGUGGUUUGGUGGAAGUUCUGGUCAAAGAUAGUCUUUCCGAAGCUCGCACUCCAAUGAUUCAUGGCGAUUCAGGAGGUCCAAACAUUCAAAGAAGUAGCCGUAGAAAGAGAAGAAAACUACUGGAUAAUUUGAAAUCUACUACUACAGAGACAGUUUUGAGGAGAAGUACUCGCAGAGGGUCUGCUCAAAAUCAUAACUCCAUCACAUCAUUUUCUGUCAGUGAUCCAUUGUCCUCUUCUGCAGUUAGUGCAAUAACAGAGGAAAAACCAGUGAUUUCUGGCUGUGAAGAGACUGAAAAGCCUAGUGUUCUUCCUCAGGAGCUGGAGUUACCUCCUUCAUCAGAACAUUUAAAUCUAGAUGGAAUUCCCAUACUUGACCUUUUUUCAAUUUAUGCGUGUUUAAGAUCAUUUAGCACUCUAUUAUUUCUGAGCCCCUUCAAGUUGGAGGAUUUUGUGGCCGCACUGAAGUGCAAGUCACCAAGCUCGUUAUUCGAUUAUGUUCAUCUUGCUAUUUUGCAAACACUGAGAAAACAUUUGGAGUGGCUUGCAAAUGAUGGUUCCGAAUCUGCUUCUGAUUGUCUGAGGAGUCUCAAUUGGGAUUUGCUCGACUUGAUUACGUGGCCAAUUUUUAUGAUUGAGUAUUUUCUGAUCCAUGGUUCGGGACUGAAACCUGUUUUCGAUCUCAGUUGUUUCAAGAUAUUCAAAACUGACUACUAUGAACAACCUGCUUCUGUAAAGGUUGAGAUACUGAAGUGUCUAUGUGAUGAUUUAAUAGAAGUGGAAGCCAUAAGGUCGGAGAUUAAUAGAAGGUCUUUGGCAGCUGAGCCUGAAAUUGUUUUUGAUCGAAAUGUAAGCUAUGAGGUUUGCAAGAAAAGGAAGGCUCCAGUGGAUAUUGCUGGUAUCACUUAUUUGAAUGAUGAGGUUGUUGGUGACACCACUGACUGGAAUAGUGAUGAAUGCUGCCUCUGUAAGAUGGAUGGGAGUUUAAUAUGCUGUGAUGGUUGUCCUGCUGCGUACCACUCAAAAUGUGUUGGAGUUGCUAAUGAUCUUUUGCCGGAGGGUGACUGGUAUUGCCCUGAGUGUUCAAUUGACAGGCAUAAACCUUGGAUGAAACCACAAAAGUCACUUCGAGGUGCAGAGUUAUUAGGAAUUGAUCCUCGUGGUCGGCUAUUCUUUAAAAGCUGUGGUUACCUUUUAGUAUCAGAUUCUUGUGACACUGAAUCCAAAUUCAACUACUACCACAGAGAUGAUCUGAUUAAAGUUAUCAAAGUGCUAAGGUCUUCAGAUUUUUUUUAUGGUGGGAUAUUAGUGGAAAUCUAUAAGCACUGGGAUAUUCCUGUUAGCUUUAAUGGAGCAAAUAGUAACAUUGGCUGCUCAGUACCCCAAGACCCAUCGGCAUUUCCAGAAACAUGUGCUGUUAAGAAUGAGACUUAUGAGGCUAGAAAACUGCAAGAGAAUUCUUGUAAUAUUGGCUCGGAUGUUUCCAAGUCUAUAAACUUGUUAGAUUCAAUGACCGUGACAGCAAGUCCAAAUAUAACUUCUGAAGGAUCAGCUGAAACCAUGCAAGUGCAAAGAAGGUCAGUCAUUCAGUACGAUUCAGAUAGACCUGCUGAUUUUUUAAAUCAGUCAGAUUUGGUGGGAAAACUUUACCCUGAAGAUUGUUCUUUGACAUCUACUUCUAUUACCACUAGAAAAAGGGACACUUCAGAAGUGCAUUGUGGGAUUGGUUACAUGAACUGUUACAGUUUUGGCCAAAUUGCUUCGUCUGUUGCAGAGGAGUUGACGCGAGUUUCUAAUAGUAAUAUAACUGGCUUUCAAUCCAAAAGGAACCAGGAUGGCCAUCUUAAUGAUGUCAGGUGUCAAAUCCUAUCCAUUCAUGAUCGCCUGCAGGGACUUCUUCUGGGCCCAUUGUUGAAUCCCCACCACAGGGAACUGUGGCGUAAAAGUCUUCUUAAGGCAUCUGAUCUUGCCUCUAUUAAACAUUUACUGCUCAUGUUAGAGGCAAAUCUGCAUCAUCUUGCACUUUCAGCAGACUGGUUGAAACAUGUAGAUUCUGUUGUUACCAUGGGUUCAGCUUCUCAUGUUGUGACUUCUUUACGUGCAUACUCAAAGAACGUUAUUAACAGAAAGCGGUCCAAGUGUUCAGAUAUUGAGCCCACCCCCACUUCAAAUGCUGCCAGUGGAUUAGGAAUGUUUUGGUGGAGGGGUGGUAGGCUUUCUCGUCAGGUGUUCAGUUGGAAGGUUUUGCCUCGUUCCUUGACAUCCAAGGCUGCCAGACAAGCUGGGUGUUCAAAGAUUCUGGGUAUAUUAUAUCCUGAAAAUUCAGAAUAUGCGAAGAGAAGCAAAUCCGUUUCUUGGCAAGCUGCUGUUGAGGCAUCGAUUAGUGCAGAACAGCUUGCUUUGCAGGUUAGAGAACUUGAUUUGAACAUUAGAUGGAAUGAUAUUGAGAAUUCACACCCUCUCCCUAUGUUGGACAAAGAAUCUAGAAAAUCAAUCAAGCUGUUCAAGAAAGUUAUUGUCCGCAGGAAGUGUUCUGAAGGGAAAGUGGUUAACUAUCUUCUUGAUUUUGGCAAGAGAAGAGGUAUUCCUGACAUUGUCAAGAAACAUGGUUCUUUGCUUGAAGAACCGUUUAGUGAGAGGAAAAAGUAUUGGCUGGAUGAAUCAUAUCUUCCUUUGCAUCUUUUGAAAAGCUUUGAGGAGAGAAGAAUUGCCCGCAAGUCCAGUGAUGUGAAGUCUGGUAAAGUUAUUGAGGUCGGUAGAGUAGCAAAGAGGCCCAGGGAAAAAAAGGGAUUUAUGUAUUUGUUUUCAAAAGCAGAAAGAUCUGAGUAUCAUAAAUGUGGACAUUGCAACAAAGAUGUCUGA